CCUACCAAAACAAUGCCGUGGUAGUUUAUAUAGAGAGAUACUAUACGCCUCCUAGAGUAAUGAGCACGUACUAUGCAGCGUAUCACACACAGUCAAAACAUACAGGUGUAAAAAGAACCAGAUAUACUGCACAUUGGUCUUUUUUAGAUAUGGCACAGCCCAUGACACAGAAAUCAUGAUGUUUCACGGUGAAAGUCACUUUAAAAUCAUAAAGGCACGAGUCGUCAUCUCUAGUGCUGCGCUGCAGGCAGCCAUCAACUAUGGUGAAGUAUAUCACUUUACGGAAGUCGUCUGUGCUACAUACAUCUGACAGUGACUUCAUGACUACAAUGUGGUGUGCUAACCAGCGGAGUACCACACCACCACUUCGCUCAUCUUUGUUGCUCCACCAUUGUUCUCUAUUGAGUAACCGUUCCACGUUUGCUGGCAAAGCAUCUGGCAUAACAUACCACCACUUCCCUCGAGAACCGUCUCUACGAUUGUCAUGGGAACAUGCGAUCGGGACACCAGACCUUGUGCCAACAAAACACAGCGUGGUCUGCUCGAAGCACUUCAGAAACGAAGACUUCGACAGAACUUCGUUAACACGGGUCCGUCUACGUGAAGGUGCUGUCCCCAUACCUUCGCUGCAGGUUCAGCAGUUGCUUGGGAAGGUGCCAGACGUUGCUGGAGUGAGCGAUCCCGAACCCAGCGCACAAGAGGCAAGAGCAUUGAUGACAGUGCACGAGGUCGCGGAUAUGCCUUCUGUGCCUCCUUCACCUGCUUUGGUGGACAUAUCGGUGGGUGACGUACAUGAAGACAUCAGUGGGGACAGCACUGGGUUUGACUGCACACAUAUUCUUACAUGUGACGAGCAAAAUGACCCAUUGAGCUUCACUGAUGACACAAGUUCAGUUGGGACACCUGGGUCAUCCAGGCUGUCGUCUGUAGGCACUUCCCCGCUUGCCUCCCUUACCAGCCCAAGCACCAGCAGAGGCGUGCUCGUGACAGUUGGAUGUCAUGGGGAACUGUCCAGUUCAUUCGGCAUUUGUGCAUGCUGAUGAUUCUUGCUAACCCUCAUACAUGUUACAAUGAAUUGUACUCAGUCUGAGCCAAUAAAAAUGGAUUCUAUCGACCACAAUGCCAUGAGGCCCUUGUGAUUUGCAUGCCUGAUACUUUGUCACCUGUUGCGGCUGCUAC